AAAAGGCAGAUAUUCAUUUUUUUUCUUACUCGCGCUAACUAAGCAAGACUUCGCUUGCUCUCUCUCCUCUCCCAGUUUCAAUUCUCAGGGCUUUCCCUUCCCUUCCCGCCACCGGCACCGCCCGCGCCCCGUCUCAGCUCCGAUUCUCCGAUCCAAUGGCGCCGAAAUCCGACAGCGUUGAAGAAAUCGUUCUCAACUUCGUCAAUGAGCAAAACAAGCCAUUGAAUUCCCAAAUCAUAGCUGAUUCGCUGCAAAAGUUUAAUCUCAAGAAGACUGCAGUGCAAAAAGCACUGGACACCCUCACUGAUAAUGGAAGGAUCUCCUUCAAGGAGUAUGGCAAGCAGAAGAUAUAUCUUGCCCGACAAGACCAAUUCAACAUUCUAAAUGCCGAUGAGCUCAAUCAGAUGAAGGAAGAAAAUGCCAAGCUGCAGCAGCAGCUUGAAGAACAGAUGAAGUUAAUCAGCGAGGUUGAGGGAGAAAUAAAAACUCUGCAAUCCAAUCUGACUCUGGAACAGAUACGUGACAGAGGAAACAAACUGCAGUCCGAGGUUAAACAAAUGGAGGAGAAACUCAAGGAGUUGCGCGGAGGAGUCACACUUGUGAGACCAGAAGACCGAAAGGCGGUAGAAGACACAUACAGAGAAAAGAUAAGCCAGUGGAGAAAGCGCAAGAGGAUGUUCAAGGACCUGUGGGAUGCUAUAACGGAGAACUCGCCCAAGGAUUUGAAAGAAUUUAAGGAGGAGCUGGGCAUCGAGUAUGAUGAGGACAUCGGUGUGAGCUUGCAGACAUUUUCUGAUAUGCUGCAACACGGUAAGAAGAGAAUGAGAAUCCAGUAACUUCUCACAAGGCGAUAGAUGAUCUACUUGGCAGAUGUAUAUUUUACAGAUUUCAGGUGAAGGAUAUGCUACUGCUGCGAAUUCACCACACGCUUAAAUUUCCAGGCUAUGUUGAUGUUGGUCCCAUGAGGGACGGAUCAUACAGGCAACAUGAGUUCCUGAUGAUUUAGUUUAAGGAAGCCUAGGUUAUGAUUCCGAAAAGUAUAAAGCCCGCUUGCUUUUCAUAUAUGAGAACGAUGAAAGUGGUUGCGAUGCUUAAAUGAAUCAAUUAUCUGCAAAGCUUUAUGCUGAUACAACCAUUGUGCUUGAAGCUUUUACGCAGACAACCAUUGUGCUUGA